CGCGAAGUAUAACUGAGUUUUGAAGGAGGCUGACAGAAAGCGCAACAAACCCAUUUGUCUCGGGUAUUGAUUCUCACUAUCUUCGUCGAGACAACCUCAAUACCCGCCCUUCGGCCGCACAUCGCCCCAAACACUACAUCUCGCCUUCAGCGAACAUUACAUUCGACGUCGGGCUAGCUCCGGACGCCUGCUUUCACCCCUUCCCGCGCAGGAACUAUGACUGCCACGGACGCUGACCCGUUCGCACAACUACUUGCUCCCCCACCCAACGAAUCGCCUCAGGAUCGAGACGCCCGUGUACAACGCGAACGAGAGGCCAAAAAACGCUCAGAUCUCAUUGACCAAGAAUUGACCCGAGAACGCGCCGCCGAAAAGAAAUCGAAGCCGGUGAAGAUACUACUGCUGGGUCAGAGCGAGUCCGGAAAAUCGACUACUUUGAAGAAUUUCCAACUCAUCAAUUCUCCGAAAGCAUUCAAGUCCGAGCGUGCCUCAUGGAGGGCUGUCGUGCAUCUCAACGUCGUCCGCUCCAUGCGGCUGAUCAUCAGCGCUCUCAACGAAGCUGAAGCAUCCAACUCAUCCACCUUCUCACGCGCCGCCGACGAUCCAGUGUACCCAGAUCUGACACCCGAACUCCGCAAGUUGAAGAUGCGUCUCCUUCCGCUACAACAAGUCGAGGAAGCCCUCCUCGGCAAGCUCUCUCCCUCUAGCAAGAUCAAGAACGAGAAUGGGGAGGAAGACCCCGCUCCUUUGCCAGAGGUUUCUGUGCAUUCGGCUACUCAAUGGAAAGGUGCAUUCACUCGCCUCAUGAACAAUGUUCGAGGCAGUGUGGAUGGACCUGAGGCCAAUGAGCCCAUGGACUCCAGAGAAGCACGGCAACUCCUACAUGCUUGCGCUGAGGAUAUGGUCGAACUUUGGCAAGACCCCACUGUAAAGGAUGUUUUGAGAGCUCAUCGACUGCGACUGGAGGAUAUGGCCGGUUUCUUCCUCGACUCGAUCGAGAGAGUGACCGCGAUGAAUUACGAGCCGUCCGAUGAUGAUAUACUCAAAGCCCGCUUGAAAACGCUAGGCGUAUCCGAGCAUCACUUCAAUUUCAAGUCUUCUUCAACGGGUAACAUGGUUCCUCAUGACUGGGUGAUAUACGACGUCGGAGGUGCCAGGUCAUUGCGAGGAAUUCUGAUUCACCACCGUCUUCUACUGAUGGACAAUAGGGUGCCUUAUUUUGACGAUAUGGAUGCCAUCAUCUUUCUAUCGCCGAUAUCCUGCUUUGACCAGGUCUUAGCCGAAGAUGAGUCCGUCAAUCGGCUGGUAUUGAAGACUGCUCUCCAGAUGAUCGACUGCCCUUUGCUGAAAGAUACCAGUCUCAUCCUGUUCUUGAACAAGUGUGACAUGCUCAAGGCCAAGCUUGCCUCCGGUCAGAAAUUCGCCGAAUAUGUUAUAUCCUAUGGGGAUCGUCCCAAUGAUUUUGAAAGUACUUCCCAAUGUGCGAUCGAUUUUUCUUUGGUUGUGCUUGAUGCAUGUGCUAACCGCGCUGCAAGACAUGAGGAAGAAAUUCAGCAUGAUCGCAAAGCAGCACUCGCCCCAACCCAGAAGCUUUUAUACAUACCUGACCUCCGUCACGGUUUGACGCGCGGUCGACAUCUGAUAUCUUGGGUAGUGUUCGUGACAUGCUCGUCCGCCAGAAUCUCGAGAAGAGUCGUCUUGUUUGAUGCUUUGGAUCUUGGAACUAUCUUUAUCAGUCAUGGAAUCAUCUUCAUUUUCAUCUUGUCAAUCAUCUGGAAUCCUCUUUAUCUUACUAGUGACUCUGAAAUGCUCGUGGAGGACUGCACCAAUGAAAAGGCGCGUCCAUUCUCAUGUGUAUUGGAACACGGACGUCUCGAAAACUGCACCGACUGUUUCCCUCAAGAUCACCUGGAGCUUCCCAGCGAAGAACACGAUCGCGAGGGAGACAAGGAAAGCGAGAGAAACAAUUCAGAUGAAGAGAGUCCACCGGACGCGAAAGAGUGCAUUGAAUCCCUCGUUCUAUCCUUUCUACAUCAACUUGCUUUUCCUUUCGACCGAGAUCAGGAAGAUGAAGAUGAUGAAAGAACAUCGGACUCGCAAUCAGAUGAGCCCAGACAGAAGAAACAGCGGAAGAACAAAUGCAAAGCGAAGCCGAUUGAGUUGCAGGUCUCGGACAGAAAAGCAGGAGGCAAAACGGGCCACGGGGAGCGCAAGAUCUUUCGCACAGCUUUUUCGCGUCCUGGAUGUGAUGCACGAGUCCGUGUUGGAUGGGGCGACAGCGACGAAACGCUUGUAGACGACCUCGCGGCGACUUUUGAGCUUGAGAGAGCUGACUUGAAUGUACGCGCGACUGCAAAGGGUCUCUGCUGCGGAUCUGGGUUCAGUCUACGUCUGAUGUCGGGGACGAUAGUCCAAGCCACGGAUACGGAGGGCAUUCUGAUUCCACCGGGAGAAGACAUCGCUAGAAUUGAAGUCGGAGAGGAUAUUGGCUGGGUAUUGGCCGUUGAGAAAGAUGCGGUCUUCCAAACCCUAUCGAAAGCACGUAUCACAGCGCACCCGAAUCUCCCUCGUGGCAUUCUGCUCACGGGAAAAGGGUAUCCUGAUCUGGCGACGCGCUCACUGUUGGCCGCGCUCUCAGCUUCCCUACCUGCUAAAGUAUGCAUCUUGGGGUUGGCAGAUGGAGAUCCGCACGGCGUGGACAUCCUGGCUGUUUAUCGGUUUGGAAGCCAGAGGAUGAAUCACGAGCGUGAGAGUCUUCGAGCUUCAAGGCUGAAGAGUAUCGGAGUCUGGGCAGGCGAGAUAAUAGACAAAUACGGGGUCGAACGAGAUGCGCUCCUUCCCAUUACAGUCCAUGACCAGAAGAAAGCCCUUACGAUGCUCCAGAGGACUGAACUCCCUAAUCGAUGGAAGAGAGAACUAUCGUUGAUGCUGCAAACUCGGAAAAAAGCGGAGAUUGAAGUGCUAGAAGGGCGUUUGCUGGACUAUGUGGUUGGAAAGAUCAAACAAAAAGUGGAAAAUGUUGUUAGCACCGUCAUGAACGUUCGCCCGCCUCCUGCGCGGCCUCACAUUGCGAUUCACCCUUCGACCUAUUCCAACUCCUCAUCACGUAACGAAUGGGACGAUGCAUGGGACAGCGGCUCGGAUAGUGACGAGGACGCCAAGUACCGAGCGUCGACAUCGAACUUGCACCGAAUGUCUAAUACAUCAUCAACAUCCUUCAACCCCCGCUCGUCGACGUCUUCGUUGAGACAGGGUGCCGUUGCGGUGCCAAUCAAACAUAAGGAAGCUUCCGCAUCGACCUUGGCGUUCUCCUACACACAUGUCUCAGCUCCCAAUCCAAGCUCAUAUCCACCCAAAAAUGGCUGGACGAUAGUAAAGACGAAGGGAUGCGAUGAGGGGGGUGGCAGCAGCCUAGACGCUGGUGAUGAUAUAUCUAGGAGUGGGCAAGGAGAAGCUGACAACGAUGCCGAUGUCGAAGGGGACAUGAUCUUGGGGGAGAUGGAUCCAGACGCGAUGGAGGCGAUGGCUGUCAUACCACCCAAGCCGCGUGCGGACCAAGGUGUCGUGCGACAAGACGUGCUCGACAUCGUCAAUGAUCCUCUCGUCGCUGUUCGAUUGCGCCCAAGGCGGAAAGAUCCAUCCCCCACUCGACCAAGUUCGCCUAAUUCACCUCAAAGCCGAGAACGCUCUGAAAAGCUGAUGCGUGAACGUUCGAUACGCACCAGUCGACGACACAAAUUCGUCGAAUGUCUUUCUGCUCAGGACGUCAGCAUCGCGGAGCUGCGAAAGUUGUCCUGGGCUGGAAUACCAGCCGACUUCCGACCUAUGGCCUGGCAACUCUUGCUGGGCUAUCUCCCUCUCCCCACCCCGCUACGCGCAGUUACUUUGGCCCGGAAGCGUUCAGAAUAUCAAUCUCUUGUCGAAGUCGCGUUCGCGCGCAAUCGAGAAGGUCUAGACCAGCAAAUAUGGCAUCAAAUUGAGAUCGACGUCCCGCGCACACGUCCUGGGGUGCGUUUAUGGAUGCAUGCUGCCACGCAACGUCUCCUGGAACGGGUGCUAUACGUUUGGGCGAUCCGACAUCCUGCCAGCGGUUAUGUGCAGGGGAUCAAUGAUCUCGUUACACCGUUUGUGCAGGUGUUUCUUUCCGCAUAUGUUGAUUCAGAUCCGGAACUGUUUGACCCAGCAAUCCUCCCCCAGAGCGCAUUGGAAGCUGUGGAGGCGGAUGCAUUUUGGUGUCUCAGCAGGCUUCUGGACGGCAUCCAAGACAACUACAUCAGUGCCCAGCCCGGCAUCCAACGUAGUGUUCGACGCAUGUCAGAGCUUGUCGCUCGAAUUGAUGCGCCCCUCUCGACGCACUUGGCAACGGAAGGAGUGGAAUUCAUGCAAUUUGCCUUCCGGUGGAUGAAUUGUCUUCUAAUGCGCGAGAUCAGCGUGCGGAACACGGUUAGGAUGUGGGACACUUACUUGGCAGAAGGACCGGAUGCUUUCUCGCAGUUCCACCUCUAUGUCUGCUCGGCCUUCCUUGUCAAGUGGAGUGAGAAACUGCGCCAGAUGGACUUCCAGGGCAUCAUCAUGUUCUUGCAGUCGCUGCCGACCCAAACCUGGGGAGACCAUGAGAUCGAGAUGCUUUUGAGUGAGGCGUUUGUGCUCAACUCAAUCUGGGCCAAUGCGCAGAGUCAUUUUGGUGCUCCCGGCUUGUAACUCGUGUAUCGUACAAUCUCAAUGUGAAAAAGUUGAUAUCUAUGUUCUAAACGCUAAUGCGAGUGUUUUCAAAUUAUUGACUACAAGGUGGUAAACGUACAACAUACAGUAGUACAUACGAGCUACAGUGAAACAAGCAAAAUUAUUCCCAAUUAAAAUCCCUAGAAUUGUCGCGUCUUCGGGCCAGUGCCAGCACCGGCUGCGUCCAAUCGCCUCAGCAAUUGUUGGGCGAGUAGAGCUUCCUCGACGUCAAUCGCCGGUCGUAGCCGUCUGCCGGUGGCGAGCUGCUGAACAACGCUCGGUCCGAUUUGGAAGGCUGCAGCGGACGUCGCCCAGAGAACUUGGGUGGGACGCGGACACGUGUUCUUGUUCUGGGCAGCGCAAUCGGCGGCGUCAACGGGAGAGAUCCCCAGGCACUCAGCCGUGUGGGACGAUGUCCCUCCUCAGAGCUGGGAACGUGGCUGAUUCGGAUCGACGAAGGUGGGGUCGCAAAAGGGUCUUUUAGAUUCUGACAGUCCUCUGUUCCGGGACUGAUUGAGCGAAAGAGUUGGGCGCUUGGUAUGGGCUUCCGCUGGGGCCGUGGCGACGAAAAAGAGGAUGAACGGGAUCCCGACUUGGCCUGAUGACCACGCGGUGGGGUUGGUAUGAACGCAGUUGCUUCUGAUGCCGUUGUGAGCAUCGUCGAGGUGUGAAUGGACGAUUCCGUAGAUCUCGAAGAGUGGUGCACGAGUAGGAAAAACUCUAUCGCACGUUGAGUUAUGAGUAUAACAUGGUAACGGCACGACACUUACGGAAGAAUGCGGCGAUAGUGCAGAUUGUCCAUAACACCAAAAAUGCAUUGCCCACAAUCCUGAAAAUCAAAGAUUCUGGCAUCGAGUGUACAGCGGCUGCGAUUUCCAAGCACAGAUGGAGCACGGCUGAUACAUGUCCGAACGCGACACAAACCGAAAUGCUACGAGGAGCAGGCGAUGAAAGAGCCAAAGUCUCGACUUCAAGGGGAAUGUCAGCGAAUAUUCGAGGUUUCUCCGACGACGAUCGCGGAUAUGAAGAUGGUGAUGACAGGACAAUCUGUGGUGCCAAACAUGCUCCAGAAAUGUUGAGACCGGAUAGGUGCCCCAGCACCAGGAUGGGAACGGCGAGAAUGAUCGCGACGAGAUACAAAACGGGAGCGAUUAGAAGUGGGACGGGCUUGAACGAGCCGACGAUCGAGGUCAAGGUAGC